UUCCCAAUUGUCAAUAGGGCAGAAUCCAGCGAAAGAUAAUCCAUCAUUUCCUCCUCUUCUUCUUAUUCUUAGUGCCGCCACACACCAACUUCAACCCUAAAUUUGAACAAGAAGAAGAAGAAGAAGAAGAAAGAGACGAAGCCCAAAUCGAAUCGGGUCACACAUUCAGCUACCAGCCAAUCUGCUUUAGCUUAACUCUGAGUUCUUAGUAUUUGCAUUGGGUUACAAGUGACAACAAUUCUAAUGGCUGCCGAUUCGGCACAGUUAAGUUCCCAACUGGCUGAAGCAACUUUGAACGAAUCUGUCUCUGCUCUGAAAGCAGAAUUUUCUGACAGAGUUCCCAUCAGAUCCAUAAUAUCACGAACCGAUGGGGGGUCUGGGUUUGCCGGGCAGCAUGUCCGGGUUGGUGGUUGGGUGAAGACGGGCAGGAAGGCAGACAAGGAUGCAUUUGCUUUUCUGGAACUUAAUGAUGGAUCAUGCCCUGGCAACUUACAGGUGAUUGUGGAAGCAGACAAGGGUGACCUUGGGCAGCUUGUGCCAACCGGUACAUGUGUGGUUGUGGAUGGCGUGCUUAAGCUGCCCCCAGCUGGGGCCAAGCAGAAGGUGGAGCUUAGAGUUGAGAAGGUGGUCCAUUUAGGUCCAGUUGACCCUGCUAAAUAUCCGUUGCCCAAGACCAAGCUCACCCUUGAGUUUUUGAGGGACGUAGUUCAUCUCCGUUCCAGAACUAACACCAUCUCUGCAGUUGCUCGCAUCAGAAAUGCCCUGGCAUAUGCAACUCAUACAUUUUUCCAAAAGCAUGGCUUCCUUUAUGUGCACACUCCAAUUAUCACUACCAGUGAUUGUGAGGGUGCUGGUGAGAUGUUCCAAGUCACAACAUUGAUUAGCGAAGGUGAAAGGUUGGAGAGGGAGCUGAUUAAGAACCCUCCCCCGUCUGAAGCAGACCUAGAAGCUGCCAAGCUAAUCAUCAAGGAAAAAGGAGAUGCUGUUUCACAGCUGAAAUCUGCUAAAGCAAGUAAGGAGGAGAUUGGCGCUGCUGUCGCUGAACUUAAAAGGGCGAAGGAGAAUGAUUUGAAGCUGGAGGAGAGAUCAAAGCUUCAGCCAGGAAUCCCCAAAAAGGAUGGGAAGAUUGACUAUACACAAGAUUUCUUUGCCCGUCAAGCUUUUUUGACCGUUUCUGGCCAACUCCAAGUGGAAUCUUAUGCAUGUGCUCUUAGUAGCGUGUAUACAUUUGGGCCUACUUUUCGUGCUGAGAAUUCACACACUUCACGGCAUUUGGCAGAAUUCUGGAUGGUGGAGCCUGAAUUAGCAUUUGCAGAGCUCAAGGAUGACAUGAACUGUGCAGAGGCGUAUGUCAAAUUCUUGUGUCAGUGGUUACUUGACAACUGCUAUGACGAUAUGGAGUUUAUUUCUCGGCAAUUUGAUAAAACUUGCAUAGACCGUCUAAAGAUGGUUGCAUCCACACCGUUUGAACGGAUUACAUAUACAGAAGCUGUGGAGCUGCUAAUCGAUGCUGUGAAAAAUGGCAAGAAGUUUGAGAAUCAUGUAGAAUGGGGGAUUGACUUAGCAUCUGAACAUGAAAGAUUCUUAACAGAGGUGAAAUUUCAGAAGCCUGUUAUUGUGUACAAUUACCCAAAAGGGAUCAAAGCUUUCUACAUGAGACUCAAUGAUGAUAACAAAACAGUGGCUGCUAUGGAUGUCCUUGUACCAAAGGUGGGAGAGUUGAUUGGGGGUAGCCAAAGGGAAGAACGCUAUGAUGUGAUUCAUAGCAGGAUUGCAGAGAUGGGUCUGCCUAUUGAGCCGUACGAGUGGUAUCUUGAUUUGCGCCGCUUUGGAACUGUCAAACAUGCCGGUUUUGGUUUAGGGUUUGAACGGAUGCUUUUGUUUGCCACAGGCCUUGACAAUAUCAGAGAUGUUAUUCCAUUCCCUAGAUAUCCUGGAAGAGCAGAUCUUUAAGACAGUAGUCUAGUCUAUAAGUUUGAUGGGUAAUUUACGAAUUUGUUUUCCAUUAAUCCCUGUGCUAGAGAAAGCCCAGUUAACCACAGUAAUGUCUCAUUAAUAUUCCAAAAUUUAGACCAUUGUAUACUGUUUUCUGAAUUUAUGUUAUCUGAAUAGCAAGUUUGUGCUCCCUGCGAUUCUGCAGUUCAAUAUUACUUGGCUUUCGUAGAUCAA